AUGUCGGGACCAGCACAAGGCGGACAAGCGAAAUUCUGCAAGCCGACCGAGAGCCAUGCGCCAACAUGGUGUAACUGUAGAUCGGCAGGGCUGAAGUCACAAAAGGAGCAGUUCUUGAGGUGGUUGGUUGAAUUAAACUCCUGGAUAUACUGCCACAGCCUUGGCGUCAACCUUCUUUGGAUGUUCUUCCACGCAUUCCAAGUUGCGUUUCUCGUAUACCAACUGUUCGGCCACGUCCGCUGGGCCAGGGUCCUGGCGGACUGCGUAAACAACGCCAUUGUUGGCAGCCGACGUGUGGCUGCCUUCAAUGCACCCCUGCAAGGAGCGAGCCGCCAGUUACGGCUCCCUCAGGGUUAUCGGAACUUGCCGUUCAGCGAUCCGACAAGCCAGAAGACGCUAAGAAUGUUUCGUCAUGAUCACCUCCUAUUCGGGAGGGACAGACAGCGGGAGCAAGAGUGCACUGCCAAGGGUGUUGAGUGCCUGGGAUAUAGCAAACAAAAGCCUCUGAUCUGGCUCCAGGGGGGAGGAAACCAAAACCAAUAUCUGGCCGAGGGAAAUAAUUUGGAGCCGCCGAAGAGGAAGAAAGGAAGGCCGAAGAUUAUAAUUGCAAAGGACGAUGCGAAAGAAUCAAUAAAGUCCCCCGACCUGGAGAAAGAUGACAGAUCUGAGGUACUGGAGCUUGUGGAAACCGCUUGGGACAUUUCAAAUUCACUAACCAAUUUCGACCAUCAGCGUGUUCCUGAAGCCUGGGACUUUAAAUAUCCGCUAAAUAUUAAAGUGGUUGUUAGUACCAUAUGGUACUUCAAUAAAUAUAUAUACCCCGAGAUUGAUCCAAUAGUUUACUACCAAGAUCUCCCAACAAUCGACCCCAAAAGCUGGCAAGAUGACGUCUCCAAUUUACUGUUUAGUAUACUCGUCUCAGCCGUUGCAACUCACCAAGCUAUAAAAUCGCAGCAGGACGAACAUAUAACCCUUGGCCGCGAGAUUUACCAGUAUAAACAGCAGGCUUUUCGCAGAUUAAAUUGCGAACUCAGAAAUCCUAAGACUCAGUUAGGGGAUAUAACGCUAAUUUGUGUUUUGACAUUACUGUUAGUGGAGACCCAGCAAUCAGCCUAUGGUGAAUGGUUCGCCCAUUUUGAAGGUGCAACGACGAUAAUCGGAUUGAAAGGGGGUUUAAAAGCCGUUCUUGAACGGUGUCCCAUAUUGAAAAGUGCUCUGACAUGCUACUUAAUAGCGGAUGUCCUAGGUGGCACUACAUCCCGGCAGGUAUUAUCCAUGGACGACAUUUCCAGACAGCUAGGAUACGUGGGAGAUCUAUCUCACAUUUUCCACAAUGGAUCGGAAACAUUUGUCCCUUUCCCAAACCAACUUUUUGAGUGUGUGAUUCAAAUAAACUAUUACCGAACGCUCUCCAUGGACGCUAUUGGCACAAACGGGAUGCAAAUGGAUUUCGGAAACGACGUACAAUCGCUGCUUCAGAGGAUUCUUUCAUUUUCUGCGGCCGGGUGGGCGGACAGCAUGACUAAAUACUAUUCUGCGACAUCAGUCGUUCCCCACGGAGACGCCGCGGGCGAAUUCAUACAGCCAGAUCGAAGCCACUGGCUCCAAAUAGCCGCUAUUUAUCAAUCUGCAGUCCUUCUAUACUGCAUAAGGUCUCUUGCUCUGAACUUUGAAGGCCUCAUUCUCGCCUCGUGCGCUUCAGAUGCAACUCCAGAUAUGAUAUCCUAUGUCACUGUUCAAGAUAUUCAGAUUGUAGCACGACAAACGCUGUCGGACAACUUGGGCAAAAUAUUUACCCCAGAAUCUGAUCUACGCCGUCAAUCUUUGGCGCGAGUGGUUACCUGGCCGCUGUUCGUAGUUGGGAUUGAAGCAGGUGACGACUUUGAGGACGCAUUGACCUUACGGGAGUUUGUGACUAGCUCAUUCAUGAGAUUGAGUAGAGCUUUGGGGACCCUGAAUUACCGGGAUGCAAAGGCUUUCUUGGUGAGCGAAUAUAAUCGUCGGGACAACAUCAGGCAUGCUGGGAACUCCGACUAUCAAUGCUGGUGGAAGGAUGUUUUUGAGCAUCUGCCAGAUAGAUGCGCUUUUUUCAUGUAG